AUUGAUUUGAAGAUUGUUACUAUAAAAUGUUAUGUAAACCAAGCUGCGUGUUAUAACUGUUUGCAACUAUAUCUACAGAGGAAGGAUAAUUAGAGAUAUUUAAAGCUUAGCGACAUUAUCUUACUAGAGAAUUAAAAACAAAAAGGUACUAGAAAUGAAAGAAUGGAAUAGGAAGUGAACAGAAAGAAAAUCAUGAUUGUCUCAAUUCACAAAGAGAGAGCGCGGUUACGGCCUUCCAUGGCAAAUUGGCAUCAGAACGAUCAAUUACCAUUUUUAGCGCGAGCACGAUUUAGCGCAUUACCCAAUUUUCUGGUAUCGCAUUCACACACUAAUGAAGAAAAAUUGACACUUUUUGUGGCCGUUCUAUAUGUAAUUGAUAUGUUUGGAGCUUUCCCAUUCAUUAUACUGCCUGGAUUACUUGUUCAGUUGGGUUUCUUCGGCAUACCUUUGGUGAUAUCAGUGUUGGUCUUACAGAUUUACACAUCAUUUUUACUAAGCCAGUGUUGGAUUAUGGCUGAGGAAUUAGAUCCUUCUAUUGUACAUAAAAGCAGGUAUCCUUACUCGGCUAUUGCAAAUUUAGCGUAUGGGCACCGUGCUAGUUUUUUGGUUACUAUCCUUCUGGAUUUGAGCACAUUUGCUGGAGGUAUACCUAACAUUAUUUUGGCCGCUGAGAAUUUGGAGAUGUUGGGAAACAGUAUUUCACAGGGUAAAUCUUCUCUUUCAUUCUGCUAUUGGACAAUAUUAGUUGGUAUGUUUUUGGCACCGCUUACAUGGUUAGGCAGCCCUAAGCGCAUGAGAGGUUUGGCUAUAUUUUCUGUUUGCAUCAUUGUGUUUAUUGUAUUGUCAUUGUGGAUUUGCCUGUUCAGUGCCACAGCUUGGGGCUCUCCUUUUCAGGGAAUUAGCUUCGCCCUUCCUCUCUCGACGAAACUUUUGAAAACGUACUGCAUGCUAGUGUUUCAAUUUGAUAUUCAUCCGAUGUUAUUAACCUUGCAAAUUGAUAUGCAGCAGAAACAGCUUGCUGGAUGGGCUGCGUUUAUUGGAAUUGCAGUAACGUGCUCCUUGGCAAUGGUGGGAUCAGUAAUAGCUGCUUAUAAAUUUGGAGCUAUGAUUGGCGAAAACGUGCUGAGAGUAUUGCCGACUAGUCCCUCCCUAUAUAUAAUGUCAGUACUGAUGUCACUGCAAUUGUGUUUUUCUGCGACAGCAAAUAGUUCCGCCAUGUUUUUGCAACUUGAAAAUUAUUUUAAAAUUUCAGAGAAUUUUUCAAUAAAACGUAUGGCGAUUCGAACAUCCGUGGUUAUAUUUCAAGUGGUCAUAUCAGAAUUUGUGCCAAGUUUUGAUGCUCUUAUGGACAUUGUGGGCGGUACUAUAACAGGCCCUUUGGUAUUUAUAAUGCCGACGCUAUUCUACAGGCGCUUAGUGCGAAUGGAAAGUUCGCACCAUCGUACAGUUACAGAAGCUUCAUACGGCUCGAUAGCAUUGGAUUUAAAUUAUAAUCCUAUAGAAGAUUUAUCACCACAAUCACUGUUAGAUGAAAAUCUGAAAACGCAAUCGAUACUACGUAUAUGUUGGCAGCAAGCUGUUUACACUUUUGUUCGUUUACAAUGUGACUUAUCUUUGUCAGUGAUGAUACUUUUUUUGGGUGCCUUGGUCACAUUCUUUGCAACUUAUUUAAACAUAUUUGAAUUAAGUACACUUUUUCACAAUAACUCGCCAUGUUUUGGAAAUUUCACAACAGUUAAUAAACCUUGA